AUGUUUGUUCUCCCACAGCUAAAUUAUCUUAAAGUUAUUCGCCAUGCCUGCCCAGGGGCUCUGACUAAACUGAGGACUGGUGUUCCCAUUGCCUCUCGUCCAAAUAAAUCGUAUCGCGUACUUGCCCCAAAUGGCCUUCAGCAGCGGUGGCUUAACAAUGGACCGUCGAGUUCAUUCGCCGAGUCGCGAGAAACCGUGAUCGCCGAGAGCUCUGUGACAAAAUCCGGUGAUUUCACCCCAAACGACCGUUCACGGAUCCGUUCCACCGGUCCACCCCGUGUGUCUCCCACGCCAAAGACUGUGAUUUACGUCGGAAAUAUCUUUUUCGAUGUUACUGCUGACCAACUGAGAAAUGAAUUUUCAAAAUGCGGCCCGGUUGAGUCAGCGCGCAUCAUUUACGAUCCCCGGGGUGUUAGUAGAGGGUUCGGUUAUAUGAAGUUCCAAGACGUGGAAACGGCCCAAAAGGCUGUGAAUCUCAUGCAUGGGCAAAUUUUUGAAGGUAGACGAUUAGCUGUAAAUUUCGCCCAGAAUGAUGAGCCGGUCAGUCGCCCCAGAGAUAACCAAACGAAACGUCCGACCCGCACUUUAUUUAUUGGAAACAUGUCUUUCGAAAUGACUGACCGCGACCUUCACGAGCUUUUCAAAGAUAUUGAAAAUGUCAUUGACGUCCGAGUUGCCGUUGAUAGACGGACUGGGCAAGCCCGCGGCUUUGCCCAUGCCGAAUUUGUGGAUGCGGAGAGCGCAGAAAAGGCCUUUGCGAUACUACAUGGACAGUCACCAUACGGCAGGCCACUACGUCUAGACUACAGCUUUAGCACCCCUAGGUCACGCGCUCAAGAUUCUGAUCAACAAAAAGACACGAACUUUGAGACUGAACCUCAUCAGUCACAGCUUGAACAUAAUUGA